AUGUCUGACACGAAUCACGACGAGCGGGAUGUCCCCGGUGAGGACCCCAUGGUCAACGAAGAGGGUAACGAUGAAGAGGAGAUCACUGCCAUGAAGAAACGCGUCGCCGAGAUGGAACAAGAAGCUGCCAAGCUAAGAGAGAUGCAUGCUGCCUUGGAAGAGCGAGGUCAGGAAGUUUCUGAAGACCGAUCCGACGUAGAUAGCCGAAGCAUCUUUGUUGGAAAUGUCGAUUACUCUGUCUCUCCCGAGGAAAUCCAAGCCCACUUCCAGAGCUGCGGCUCUAUCAACCGCGUCACCAUCCUACUCGACAAAUUCACCGGUCAGCCAAAGGGAUAUGCCUACGUUGAGUUUACUGAACCCAGCCUUGUCGCUCAGGCCCUGGUGUUGAACGACAGCGUCCUUAAGGGACGGAACAUCAAGGUCACUCCGAAGCGGACCAACAUUCCGGGUCUGAGCCGUGGCCGGGGAGGCCGCGGCCGUGGGGGAUUUGGUGGCCCGGGACGAGGUGGAUAUAUGGGUGGAAGAGGAGGAUAUAUGCCACGAGGAGGAUUCUACCGUGGCGGUUACCGAGGACGAGCACGAGGUGGUGGAUUUAACCCUUACUGA